AUGGCUGCCAGUCUUGGUGAUCAAAGCGAGCACGCCUGCGCAGACCGGCGAUCACAGUCAGUGAUCCAAUGGUCCAACCUUGAAAAUGAGAAACCGGGAUCUGUGAUCCGUCUACCAAUGGAGAAGGCAGUUGAGAGACCCUCGCGGGGAACUAUUACCUCCAUCGCAUAUCGAAGCCCUGAGGUGUAUUUUAAUAAACCUUGGACAACUGCUACUGACAUCCUGGGGAAGGAGAUUGAAUUGAAUACAAAGGGUUCGCGGGGUGGGUAG